AUGCACGGGCGGCGGCUUCAGCCGGCGCUACGCUCUCCCCGCGUCCUCCAAUUACGACACGUCUGCACGGCCGCUGCGCCGCUCGUUUCGCUCGUUUUGCUAGCACUCGCGUCGUUCGGGGUAUUCGGAUCGGUGCAAGUCGGUGCUACGCCGUUCAGCGUGUAUGACUCGUACCAGCCGCCGUGCCCCUUCCUGCCCGACCCUCCCCCGCAAGGUACAGCCGCCCUUUUCCCCCUGUCAAAGUCGCCGCUCUUGGUAGGAACCUCCUCAAGGUACGACCCUCCCCCGCAAGGUACAGCCGCCCUCUUUCCCCUUUCAAAGUCGCCGCUCUUGGCCCUCCCCCGCAAGGUACGACCCUCCCCCGCAAGGUACGGCCGCCGUUUUCCCCCUUUCAGAGUCGCUGCUCUUGGCUGGAAGCGCUGGAGCGACCCUGCCACGUGGACCAAUAGUGGCAGCUCCGUGAUUCCCGGAGUGAAGGCCACGGGGGGCGAGUGGGCGGAUGUGACUAUACCGUGCGGGACGGCCGUGCUGCUGGACGUGCCUCUAGUGAGCCUCAACAGGCUCAUAGUGAAGGGAUGGCUCAGGGUUCAGGAUUCCCCCUCCCUCCCAACCAUCGAGGUGCAAGCAGCCUUCAUCAUCGUUCAAGGCCGCCUCUCCGCCGGCACCACUGCAACGCCCUUCAGCCGCCUCGCUCUCUUCACCCUCCUCCCCUCCAAAUCGCGAGCCAACUUCACUCUCACCGACCUUGCUCCAGCCGAUCCCUUGAACCCAAGGAACCUGGGUCACAAAGCCUUUAUCGUGGUGGGAGGCGCAGUGGACCUACAUGGCAUGCCCCGCUCCUCCUCUGCUCCUGCGUGGGUGCGCCUGGCAAGGACAGUGGCACCCGGGGAUAAGUUUGUGGUGGUGGAUGGUGAUGUCACUCAGUGGCCGGUCGGCGGCACUGUAGCAGUUGCGUCCACUAGUGCGAAUAUGAACGAGGCCGAGACCGGGGUGAUUACUUAUGUUGCUCCCAUGCCUUCGGGGGGGGGGUUCUAUGUUGGAUUGGCCAAGGCUCUUAGGUUCCGCCAUGAGGGUAGUCUUCAAGGCACCCCUGAUGGAGUCGGGGGUACGGUGGAUAUUCGAGGGGAAGUUGCCCUUUUGGACCGGAAUAUCAUCAUCCGGGGGUUCAAGGAGAAAGCACCCUACGACACAGAUGGAGGUCACUUCAUGGUGUUUAUGACGAAAACGCCGCAGUUCAUUGAGGGAGUGCAAUUCCUGGGCCUGGGCAACCAAGGCGUGUUGGGGCGCUACCCGCUGCACUUCCAUAUCUGUGGAGACAACAACCAGGCGCACGUGGUUAGGAAGAACGUGAUUGCAGCGAGCCAGCAGCGCUGUGUGGUCAUCCACGCCACCUCGGAUCUGACGAUCGAGGAGAAUGUGGCGUUUGAAACCAAGGGCCAUUGCUUCAUAACGGAGGAGGGCAGCGAGUACAACAACGUGUUCAAACGCAACCUGGGAAUCAACAUCCGCGGAGUGCGCAAGGUGAUCCCCCCUGAGUCUAGUGAUCGUCUGGACAGGCAGACGGACAACCAGGCUACCACCUUCUGGAUGGCCAGCCCUCGCAACGACCUGAUCGGGAACGUGGCGGCUGGAUGUGACAAUACCGGCUACUGGUACGAGAUGCUCGCUAGAAUGAGGGGAGCGUCCAAGAGGCUUGACCUGGGCGACACCCCCAUGCCCUUCUUUGACUCGUUCGGCAAGUUUGACGGCAACGUGGCUCAUUCUUGCAAGGCUGGGGUUCGCAUGUAUCCCCAUGGGAACCGUCCCCCCAAGGAGGCCGUUUUCACCAACCUGCUUGUUUACCAAAGCCGACUUGGCAUCCUCUUCCAUCGCUCCAGGGACACCACCGUCCGGAACUCGGCGUUUGUUGACGUGGCGGUGGGCAUCGGCAGCGAUGUGAAUGUGGAGAUCAAAGUGCAGAGCUCGAGAUUUGUCGGCCGUACACAAGCAUGCGCGUCACCAGCCAAAGCAGCCUCCAGAGGAGCCGUGUCAACCAAGGCCCUUUUUGCAGCUUCUGCAGCUGGUACAAGCACCGGUGCGGGCGCCUCUAUUUUCCCCAACCAGCCAACUGUCUCAGCUGCUGCUGCCGCUGCUGCUCAGGAGUCCCUCUCAUCCCAGCUGCUUCGGUCGUAUCUCAACCCAGGAGGCCUUGUGACUGCAAGCGCAGCGUCUACUAACGAGGAUGGUUUCAACCAGGGAAGCAGCAUCAGGGGCAGUAAGAGUAUCACCACCACUGCAUCUGCCACCACUGCUACCACUACUGCUACCACCACCACUGCCAACAGCCUUUUCUCCAUCCAGAACCUUCCAACCGAAAGCGCAUCUACCGCCCUCGCUUCUUCAACCCUUGACUCUUCCACCCAAGGCAAUCCUUCCAAUCCUCCCACCGACGGCUAUCCCACUCCCAUCGCCACCAACCCCACUUCAAACCCCUCAACCGUUUCAGACAGCCCCGAAACCCCUCUCGACCCCUCAUCUGACCCCUUGUUUGCAAAAGAGCUGGAUUUCUGGCAAGAUGAGGAGGUAGCUGCUAUAUUCUCCUCUCUUUCCCGAGCCUCGCUGCCCCGGCUUCCCAAGGCUACCCUCUCUCGCAUCGCACAGCUUCGGAACAGGCUCGGGCUGUCUAGGUUCGGGCACAGGCUCGGGAAGGAGCUUGGGAACAAGCUCGGGAAGUGGCUCAGAGGUUCGGCAGGGGGUGGUAACCAGAGCGGCGUCGAGUUGAACAGUGUUGCGAGCGUGCGGGCGGCGGUUGUGUCUUUUAGGUUCGGGACGUUUGAGUCGCCGGUCGGGAUUGCGCUGAGUCAGCAGCAUUGGAUGGACCCUUCUGGCAGUGUCAAGAUCUCUGGGUGCUCCUUCACCCAGUACGCUACAUGCAACCCCGCCAGCCCUGCCAUCGUGGCGCAAGCAACCGUCUUUGGAGGCUUCUGGGACACGUCCACCGCCACUCAGGGGCUGAAGUUUGAUGCAACCACCAGCCGGGUCUACUUGCAACAAGAAGCGAAUCCCACCAAGUCAACGUCGCUAGUCUCCAACUUCAUGGCCGUUAGAGACACCGACGGAUCCCUCAUUGGCGGCUCUGGGGGCUUCGCCAUCGUGCCGUAUCUCGCCAAGCCUCCUGCAGCUGUGGCGGCCAAGCUGAGGAGCCUGCCAGCAGGGAAGCGGCCAGCAGGCCCCCUCUCAGGCUGCCAGUACCGAGACCUCUCGGUGGGGUUCACGUGUCCGAGCACCUGCUUCCACUCCUUCUCCGCCACCUUUUACGAAUCCACCGGCGCUGCUGCUGUGAAGGGGAGCUCCCAGCGGCCGUACAGCUACCUGGUGAUCACGAGGGAGGAGGACGGGGCUCAGUUCACGGCCUACGGGUUUCAGAACGACCCGAUUCCUGUCAUCCCGGCAAAGGCCUCUGUUCGCAGGUGGAUAUCAGCCACGCUUGAAGCCGGCUUCACCUACCGCGUGCGCGUCGUUGCUCCCCCAUCCAACCCCACCUUCUAUCCGGAUCGCAUUGCGGUGCAGCUGAGGGACGUGGGGGGGUGUGAGGGGCGAGUGAGGGUGCUCGUUGAACCAAAGGACACUGCCACCAACUGGGUCGCCACCUACAGCCCUCCCACCAGGUCCGUUGGUUGCACUUCCUCCUCCCUUGCUCCCCUUACCAACCUGACGGUGGUGCAGCUGAGGGACGUGGGGGGGUGUGCGGGGCGAGUGAAGGUCUUGAUUGAGCCCAAGGACGCGGCUACCAACUGGGUCGCCGCCUACAGCCCUCCCACCAGGUCCAGUGUUGCCACUCUCUCUCACUAG